UAUAUGUUAUCUUCAGUUACUCAAUUUUAAUGGCUACUUUGAACAAGCACUCUACUUGUAAUGACGUCUCUUCUAAUACCAAAGAAGAGCAAUCUAGUCAAGAAUCUAAGCUUGGAUUUUCAGAAGAUGAGAAAACUCUCAUUAUGAGAAUGUUCAAGCUUGUUGGAGAAAGGUGGUCGUUAAUUGCUGGAAGAAUUCCUGGAAGAACCGCAGAAGAAAUUAAAGAGUAUUGGAUUUCAAGAUUUUCCUCGAACAAUUGAGAGACCAGAUGUAGGCAUGGCUUGUAGCAUAUAAAAUCCUAUCCCUGUAUGCAUUUUAUGUGUUUUUAAAUGCUUUGAUGUUGAAUAAAUGGGUGAUUUUAUG